GGUCUCGGAUGAAGGAACACUCUGCUCCGCCCUCGAUUCGAAUGUGUAUCGUUUACUAAGCUGGCUGACACCCGGUGAAGGUAUUGGUGCUGCAGCAGCAAUCAAGAUGAUUGCGCAGCCAGAUUGCAUCUUUUACCAGGACACAGGGCAGUUGCUAAUGGCCAUUGAGGUCAAGACCAAGUGGGUGUUAUCCUCAGCCGACCUCGUCAGGAAAUACAACGACGAUGUCAGCGCCCUCGCACAACAUAGAUCACUGACCAAUUCCGUGCAUCUUCCAGUUCAGCAAAUUUUCGUGUACCUUUCAUCCAACAACCUUCGAUAUGGGGUACUAACGACAUAUGAGCAGACCUGGUUUUAAAGAGAGACGCAGGAAGAUUGCAAGUUUCGCCAGCGAUCCAUUACAACGACCACAAUCCAACUUUGUUAAAGUGCUAUGCAUGUGUCAUGGAGCUUGCCCGCACCACUCCUCAUAGCGAAGCUGCUCCGUUCUCAUCCUCACCCGACAGCCCCCCCGGCAACGACAAUGACCACGAAGAUAGCGAUUACGAUCCUGGGGACGGCAAACGUUCAAAGCACAAGCCGGGACGUGACGACGGCGGGCCUUCUAAGAAGCGAGUGAAUCUCG